AUCUCCGCUGCUCGCUCUCGAACACAAGCAGAACUGAAAGGUUUUUAUCACUUUUCUUUCGUGCAACAAUGGCGUUGAGACUGGGAAUGCUAAAAUGCGCUGCCGGCGGCAACAGUGGGUGCAGGUCAGGAAUCAGGAGGUGGGCCCAUGUUCCAGCCAUGGCUCGGCCUUUGGAUGGCGCCUUAGAAAGCUAUAUUGCGUCUCCACAAUUGACUCUACCCGAGCUCGAUGCAAACCAAGACACCAGCAGCAACAGUAGCAAUUCUGGGUUCGGGUUGCCGGGUUUUUCUUUUGGUGGGUCCAUGGAACUCAUGGCUGUUCCUAAAAGGAAGGUUACUCCCCAUAAGAGAGGUAUACGAAAUGGGCCAAAGGCUUUGAAACCAAUACCAGUGAUUAUUCGCUGCAAGAGCUGUGGACAAGUUAAGCUGCCGCACUUCUACUGUUGCAGUGGUGACCGGGGGAAGAAUGGCGAGCGAAAUAAUUAAACAAUCUGGUCAAGUAAACUGGCUAUGAAAUGGCUUCCUUUGAUAGCCUAUAUAGCUAAGCAUUUAAAUUUCUAUUUCCAUGGUUGCAAUUUAUGUAGCUGUUAAGAACUUGAAUAAAUGGUUUUCUUGUGGAGAUGUGGAAUGCAUUGUGUUAGUUGUUCUUUUA